AUGGUGUGCUGGAGACAGGCAGGAGGGACAGAAGUUCUCUUGGCUUUUCGCAGAGGGAGCUUUCCGCAGCCCGAGGACUCCAGGGUGCAGGGAGCUCGGGGCCCCAGGCGCGGAGCCCCCCAGGCGCGGAGCCGCGGGCCGGGUGAGCAGCCAGCCGCCGCCUCCCGGCCGCCUCGCCGCCCUUUGGCCGGGUGCCGGCGGCUCACGCGCCCUCUCGCACCUGGUGCCGGCGCCCGCGGGGAGCAGCUGCACCAGCUGGCGUCCGGGAUGGGGUCAGUGAAGCGCAGCCUGAAGAAGAUGCUGCACCUUGGCGAGAAGGAGCCCCAGGGCGUAGUCUACGAGGGCGUGGAGGUGGACACGGACGCCGGCAAGGACUCCGUUAAGAUGAUUCUUGAAAGACGUGCAUAUAGAUUACAAAACAUCAUCAAGAAACGAAGCAGAUCAAGCCAACAUGAUGAUGUGAACGCCUCCCCUUUGCACCACGCUGCAGCGGAAGGUCAAGUAGAGCUGAUGGAGACGAUCAUGAAUGACUCCUGCUGUGACGUGCUAAAUGUGAUGGAUAAUUAUGGAAAUACCCCUCUGCACUGGGCUGCAGAAAAAAACCAGGUCGAAAGCGUUACAUUUCUUCUCGGCAGAGGGGCAAACCCUAACCUCAGAAACAACAGCGUGAUGGCACCGCUCCACAUGGCCGUGCAAUGUUGUCACAACGAGGUGGUGAAGGUCUUAACUGAGCACAGAAGUACUAAUAUUAAUUUGGGAGGAGAAAAUGGAAACACGGCUGUGAUAAUUGCCUGCUCCAAAGAUAAUAGUGAAGCACUACAAAUUUUGUUUAGUAAAGGAGCUAAGCCAUGCAUACCAAAUAAAUGGGGAUGUUUCCCUAUUCACCAGGCUGUGUUUUCAGGCGCCAAAAAAUGCAUGGAAAUAGUAUUAAAGUUUGGUGAAGAACAUGGACACAGCAGACAGUGCCAUAUUAAUUUUGUCGAUAAGGGGAAACACAGCCCUCUCCACAUGGCGGUUCAAAGUGGCGACUUGGAAAUGAUCAAAAUGUGCCUGGACAAUGGUGCAAAGAUAGAUCUGCGGGAGAAAGGGAAGUGCACAGCUCUUCAUUUUGCUGCCACUCAGGGAGCCACGGAAAUUGUUAAACUGAUGAUAUCCUCCUAUUCUGGUGAUAGUGAUAUUGUUAACGCAGUGGACGGAAAUCAAGAGACGCUGCUUCACAGGGUCUCAUUGUUUGAUCACUAUGAACUUGCAGACUAUUUAAUUUCAAUGGGAGCAGAUAUUAAUAGCAUUGAUUCCGAAGGACGUUCUCCACUUCUAUUAGCAACUGCUUCUGCAUCUUGGAAUAUUGUGAAUUUGCUACUUUCUAAAGGUGCCCAAGUAGACAUAAAAGAUCAUCUCGGACGUAAUUUUUUGCAUUUGACUGUACAACAACGUUAUGGAUUAAAAAAUUUACGACCUGAGUUUAUGCAGAUGCAACAUAUUAAAGAGCUGGUCAUGGAUGAAGACAACAAUGGUUGUACUCCUCUACAUUAUGCGUGUAGACAGGGCGUUCCUGUCUCUGUAAAUAACCUGCUUCACUUCAACGUGUCCAUUCAUUCCAAAAGCAAAGAUAAGAAAUCACCGCUGCAUUUUGCAGCCAGUUAUGGGCGUAUCAAUACCUGCCAGAGGCUCCUGCAAGACAUCCCCGAUAUGAGGCUUUUGAAUGAAGGUGACCUUCAUGGAAUGACACCUCUCCACUUGGCAGCAAAAAACGGGCAUGAUAAAGUUGUUCAACUUCUCCUGAAAAAGGGGGCAUUACUCCUCAGUGACCACAAUGGCUGGACUCCUUUGCAUCAUGCUUCUAUUGGCGGGUACACGCAGACCAUGAAGGUCAUUCUUGACACCAAUUUGAAAUGCACAGAUCAGCUAGAUGAAGAAGGGAACACUGCGCUUCACUUGGCUGCAGGGGAGGGCCACGCCAAAGCCGUUGCACUUCUUCUGAGCUACAAUGCGGAAAUCGUCCUGAACAAGCAGGAUGCCUCCUUCUUGCAUGUUGCAAUUCACAACAGAAGGAAGGAGGUGGUUCUUACCACCAUCAGGAACAGAAGAUGGGAAGAAUGUCUUAAGACAUUUAGUCAUUAUUCUCAAAGUAAUAAAUGUCCCAUCAUAGAAAUGGUGGAGUACCUCCCUGAAUGCAUGAAAGUACUUCUGGAUGUCUGCAUGUUACACUCCACAGGGGACAAGUCGUGCCAAGACUAUCAUAUCGAGUAUAAUUUCAAAUACCUUCAAUGUCCACUAGAACUCACCAAAAAAAUAACUCCUGUAAAUGACGUUACGUAUGAACCUCUUUCAACACUCAAUGCAAUGGUACAACAUAACCGUGUAGAGCUUCUCAACCAUCCUGUUUGUAAAGAAUAUUUAUAUAUGAAAUGGCUGGCUUAUGGGUUUAGAGCCCAUAUAAUGAACCUGGGAUCUUACUGUCUUGGUCUCAUACCUAUGACCUUUCUUGUUAUCAAUAUAAAGCCAGGAAUGGGUUUCAACUCAGCUGGAAUCAUCAAUGAAACUAGUAAUCAUUCAGAAAUGUUAGACACCAAGAAUUCAUAUUUUAUAAAAGUCUGUAUGAUAUUAGUUUUUUUAUCAAGUAUAUUUGGAUAUUGCAAAGAAGUGGCCCAAAUUUUCCAACAGAAAAGAAGCUACUUGUGGGAUCAUAGCAAUGCAGUGGAAUGGGUUAUCUACACAAUGAGCAUCAUUUUUGUGUUGCCCUUGUUCGUGGGUAUACCAGCUCAUGUCCAGUGGCAGUGUGGAGCAAUUGCUAUAUUCUUGUAUUGGAUGAACUUCUUAUUGUAUCUUCAGAGAUUUGAGACUUGUGGAAUUUUCAUUGUUAUGUUGGAGGUGAUUAUGAAAACCUUGUUGAGGUCCACCGUUGUGUUUAUUUUCCUUCUUCUGGCUUUUGGAUUGAGCUUCUAUGUCCUUCUGAAUGUACAGGAUGCCUUCAGCAAUCCGUUACUCUCCAUUAUCCAGAUCUUCAGUAUGAUGCUCGGAGAUGUCAAUUAUCGUGAUUCUUUUCUAGAACCCUUUCUGAGGAAUGAAUUGUCAUAUCCCAUUCUGUCCUUUAUACAGCUUAUUACUUUCACAAUGUUUGUUCCAAUUGUCCUCAUGAAUUUACUGAUUGGUUUGGCGGUUGGUGACAUUGCUGAGGUCCAGAAACACGCAUCGUUGAAGAGGAUUGCCAUGCAGGUGAAACUUCAUACCAGCUUAGAGAAGAAACUGCCGCUCUACUUCCUACGCAAAGUGGAUCAGCAGAACAUCAUCGUCUACCCCAACAGACCCAAAUACCAAGGGGGGCUAAUAUGUAUAUUUCAUUAUAUGUUCUCCAUCCAAGAAGCAAGGCAAGAAACACCAAAUGAUGAUACAUCUUUAGAAACAGAAAUAUUGAAGCAGAAAUACCGGCUAAAGGAUCUCACUUCUCUUCUGGAAAAACAGCAUGAGCUCAUUAAACUUAUCAUUCAGAAGAUGGAGAUCAUCUCAGAAACAGAGGAUGAAGAUAACCACAGUUCUUUUCAAGACAAGUUUAAAAAAGAGCAGUUAGAACAAAGGAAUAGCAAAUGGAAUUCUGUGUUGAGAGCAGUAAAGGAAAAGACACAGUGCUCUCCUCAUUAGUUACCCAGACCUGCAAUGGAGCUUCCUACCGGGGGGUUGCACGUCUUACUGAGUCUAAUUUCCAAUUCGGAAACAGUGAGAAGGGCAAAAUUCUGAUUCUGAUUUCACUGCAUGUGAAAUCAUGGUUCCUUCAUUGUGUAUAAAAGUAAACGAUCUCUUUCUCUCAAUUCCUAUUUUCUGCCAGUGAUUGUUUUGGGGAAUAUCCUCACUGAUAUGUUCAAGUUGGACUUUACCUCUCAUUUUUUGAAGGCGUAGAAAGAUAAUUUGCUAGAACAUACAUUUUUAAUGAUAAAGAGUAGUAAAUGUAACUAUUAGUCUAGAAUUCAAAUGUCAAUACUGGAUUCCUGCUUGGUAAUCAUCUCAUAUAAUAUGUAAUGCCUUAGCUAAUAGUCUCAAGUAUUAGAUUCGGUUCUGACUUGUGGGAUGCUUUUCUGUGUUGAAAGAACCUGUAUGUGGAAUCCUGUGUACUCUGUCUCUUCCUAUUGUGACAGAUAGCCCACCCUUUAUGCUAAUCCCAAAACACCCGAUGUCACUUUGAGCCAUGUAGUUGAGGCCCCCCAAAAUGGACUUUAUGAUAUGCAUGAAUUUUACUAUACAUAAUACAUGUUAUUUCUGUAUUUUUGUUUGCCAUUGAUCACAAUAAAUGUAAAACUUAUAUACUU